CCUGGUAUUUAUUCUCCGGUAUCCUUCCCUCCCCAUGCUCCAGAGUAUCCCCCUUUCCUGCUCUCCAAGGUCACAGCCGGACUGGUUCUUUUUGUGGUAGUUGUGAGGAGGUGGGAUGAGUGGUGGAACACCAAUUCCCAGCUCUGCGGUUCCAAUUUUUUCUCCAGUUUUGGAUCUGGGAAUCCAAACUAUCCUAUGGCCCUUCAGUUACUAUCUGCAUUGCCUUAGGAUUGUGUCUGUAAUCUGUUAAGGGUACAACUGUAGGCCUGCUUAGGCAGGAAAGUCCCACACCUCCCAGAAUGUUUCAUGAAAAAAGCAUGUGAUUAAUUAUUGAGGAAACUAACAGGGAAAUUCUGUACUUCGUUUGAGUGCAGAAUGAUUUUUUAAAAAAUGUUGCAAGUACUUCCCUCAGGAUCCUGACCUCUUUCACUUAUUAAAGAAAAAUUGCUGAAAUGAGUAGUUUUUCCUGCGCAUGAGCUAUUCUGCCUCUUUUCUAGUCAGCUAUCGCAGAAAACAGACUGUCAGUGCCUCGGCUGAUCAUCUCAACCAUCAUGACUUAUGGGAGACAGCAGUUCUUUUGCUUAAACUGUUGCAUAUACCCUCCCUAUGGCUUAUCAUUGCCCCGCAAUGUUUCUGUAACGUCUGUGUGUCCUCUCCUCCCAGCGUUUGCAAGUGCACACUUGUGAACAACAGGGGAAUGCUACCCACAAACCUGUUUUCCCAGUCAGCAUACCCAUGCUGCACAUUUGCAAUUUUAUGUCCCAUGAGAAGUGCCUGAAACAUGUGAAGAUACCGUGCUCAUGUAUCGCUCCAAGUCUUGUAAGGGUUCCAGUUGCACAUUGUUUAGGACCUCCAGGACAUUACAAGAGAAAAUUCUGUGCUGUGUGUAGAAAGCAAUUAGAGUCUCCAGCUGUUCGCUGUGAAGUGUGUGAGCUACACGUGCAUACAGAUUGUGUCCCGUUUGCUUGCAGUGACUGUCGCCAGUGCCAUCAAGAUGGUCAUCAAGAUCACGACACGUACCAUCAUCACUGGAGGGAAGGCAACCUUCCUUCAGGUGCACGUUGCAAAGUCUGCAAGAAAACGUGUGGCUCUUCAGAGGUGCUCUCGGGUAUGAGAUGCGAAUGGUGUGGAAUUCUGGCUCAUGCUGCUUGCUAUGUGAUUGAACCUCCAGAAUGUGCAUUUGGAAGACUAAGAAAUAUGAUUCUUCCUCCAAACUGUGUGCGCUUAUUUUCUCGUAACUUCAGUAAAAUGCACUGUUUUCGGAUAUCGGAGAGCUUACAGACAGAACCAGAUGACGAUGAUGACGUUGAUAGCUCAACACAACUAUCACUGAAAGAAUCCCAGGCAUCAGCAGACUCAGGUAAACAAAUAGUAAAAAUAUAUGAUGGGAACGAUGCAGUAAAACGCAAUCAAUAUCGGCUUAUUACAGUUCCAAGGAUUGCAAAAAGUGAAGAAAUUGUGGAGGCGGCAUUGAGGGUGUACUACAUUAAUGAUGAUCAACAAGACUAUGAACUUCAGACAUUCACUCAGCAGGCCUUGUUUUGUGAUGACAUCAUUAAUAAGAAUGAUACCACAGAAGAGAUCCACCCUGGGUCUGUAUUCCGAGAAGCUGUUUUCGAAGCUUGGAUUAUCAGAGCGAAAUCAAGGGACAGUGAAAUCAUAAAAAUAUAUCCUGGGUGGCUGAAGGUUGGAAUGGCCUGUGUCUCAAUACGAAUAGAUAAAGAAAGCACUACCCAGAUGGUAAUCAAAAAAGUUCUACCACUACUUGGAUGCCAGGUGGAGUGUUCCCAGAACUUCAAACUAGUUGAGGUACUCAUGGGCUCCAAACAAGUGCAGCGAAUGGUACUGGGUGAUGAUGAACUGAUUCUCAGCAGAUUGCAAGACAUCAGAAAGACUUCACUACGUCAGAUGAAUCAAACAAGGUUUUACCUUGUUGAAAAUCACAUAUCACCUGUGCGGGUCCAUUUGUUUGUGGGUGGUUUGUCACCUCACCUCUCCACUGAAGAAUACACAAACAUCCUCAAAGAUGAAUUAGCCAUCAAAACAAAUUUAGUUUCUGUGAGUCACGUAUAUUCAUCUCAAGGUGCUGUCAUACUAGAAAUCUCAUGUUUUUCUGAAGCUGAAAGAUUGUAUAUGCUAGCUAAAGACUCCACUGUUAAUGACAAACCACUAGCUGCUGUUGUCAUCCCUGAAGUUCUGCAAGACAAGCUUCCUCAGGACUGCUGUCCAUUGCUUGUAUUUGUGAAUCCGAAAAGUGGAGGACUUAAAGGUCGAGAUCUGCUGUACAGUUUUAGAAAGCUCUUGAAUCCUCAUCAGAUCUUCGAACUAACGAAUGGAGGCCCAUUGCCUGGGUUCCAUGCAUUCUCUCAAAUUCCUUACUUCCGAAUACUCGUGUGUGGUGGCGAUGGCACUGUUGGUUGGGUUCUCGGUGCACUGGAGGAGAUCAGGCACAAACUCGUCUGUUCAGAACCAUCUGUGGCAAUUUUACCCUUGGGAACCGGCAAUGACUUGGGGAGGGUGCUGCGCUGGGGUGCUGGAUAUAGCGGAGAAGAUCCAUACUCCGUCCUGAUAUCAGUUGAUGAAGCUGACGAUGUGCUAAUGGAUCGUUGGACCAUCCUUUUGGAUGCACAAGAGGCUUUGGAAAGCUCAGAAAAUGGUGUGUUAGAGCCCGAGCCUCCCAAGAUUGUGCAGAUGAACAAUUACUGUGGUCUGGGAAUCGAUGCAGAGUUGAGUCUAGGUUUUCAUCAUGCUCGGGAAGUAGAACCAGACAAAUUCAACAGCAGGUUUCACAAUAAAGGUGUCUAUGUUAAGGUUGGACUGCAGAAAAUGAGUCACACCAGAAAUCUCCAUAAAGAAAUAAAACUUCAAGUGAAUCAACAUGAAGUUGAGCUUCCAAACAUAGAGGGCCUUAUUUUCAUUAAUAUUCCCAGUUGGGGAUCAGGUGCUGAUCUUUGGGGAUCUGAUAAUGAUAAUCGGUUUGAGAAACCAAGAAUCGAUGAUGGCUUGCUGGAAGUUGUUGGUGUCACUGGAGUUGUUCAUAUGGGUCAAGUGCAGGGAGGCCUCCGUUCAGGCAUCCGGAUAGCGCAAGGUUCCUACUUCCGUGUAACUCUUCUGAAACCGAUUCCCGUACAAGUAGAUGGAGAACCCUGGAUUCAGCCACCAGGCCAGAUCAUAAUUUCUGUCGCAGGACCAAAGGUGCGCAUGUUAAAGAAAUCAAAACAGAAACAGAAAAAAACUGGAAACGUGAAGGAGUCAAAGACGGAGAGCGCGUCAGUUGGUGAAGUGGGGCGCUGAUGGAAAAGGAAAGCUGUGGAGCCAGUGUGGCGCCCUGCUCUGGAUGAAGGGGAGUCUACCCGGUAAAGCUGCACUGCACUGCUCAGGCCAAGAUGGGCUGCUGCUCUGUCCCACAUUGCGCUCCCGCGACCACCCCGUGGCUGACGCGAGACAGAUC